CGAAUGGGCACUUAUCGGUGAUCUUUCGUGAUCUACUAUGGGCCCGAAGAAGGGGCCCGCCGCUCGUGCUGGAUCUAAAAACAAGCCCAAACCUCCUCCAGCAGAAAUCUCUAUUAGCGAUUUCGUGGCUGCAGGUGAGCCCAAAGGGAAAUCUAAGGCUGCGGACAGAAAUAGAACCGGCCAUAAAGAUGGAAAAGACGAGCCGUCCGAAGAGCAGAAGAAGCCAACAGCGCGGGUGGUGAUAGGGGGUGCCUCAUGGACUGGAAAGCUGCCUGUGAAUAUGCUCUCAGAGCACUGUCAGAAACAAAAAUGGGAGAAGCCAGAAUACACAAUGACAAAAGCCAAAGAAGGCUUCGUCUCAAGCGUGAUUCUCAAAAAAUCCAAUCCUAAAACGAAGGAGACCAUAACUCUACCUCCCGUGCGCCUCCCUCCCGCUCAUCAGCAUCUGGCUGCCUGCCCCACCGCAAUGGAAGCUCGCCAUUUUGCUGCAGCAUAUGCCCUCUUUCGUGUAUGCAGCAUGCGUAACUUGCACAUGAUGAUGCCUCCUACCUACCGUAAUCUGUGGAAAGAUGAAUUUACGCAGCUUAAGAAUGCUGAUGUGAAAGAAGGGAAAAGUUGGCUGUAUGAAGCGGACCCUUUUAGCGCUAUGCAGGAGCGGGAACACGCGGCGGCAGAGCUUGCUAAGAAGAGGGCUGAGCGGGAGAAGGGGAGAGUUAAAGCUCUGGAUCCAAAGUUCCAGCAGCCAGGGCUGAAUAUGAACGCGGGGAACACAGGGGAUAACGGUGGGAAACGUUGGUCUCAGGCUCCUAAGGUGGAGAUGGGGAGUAAAGUACGACGUACGAUUGAAGAGCUGGUAAGACAGAAGGCUAUUUGGAAUCCGUACAAGGUCCGAAUAUUGGAGCCCCAAAAGAGGCAAAUUGUCGAAGAGUUGAGUGGUCUAGGCUUCAGAAGGAGUCACGUUGAAGAAGCCGUAUCUGAAUGCAAGGACCGUGAAGAGGUUUUGGAGUGGCUGUUGAUACAUAUUCCAGAGGAUGAUCUCCCUGCGUGGAGUCUUCCUGAAGGGUAUACCGCCGGAAUUAGUUUAGCUAGUGGAGAUCUAUCCAGGGAAUCCAAGGUCAAACGACUUUCGAUGUCUGGUUUUUCAACAGAUUUCUGCGCUGAGGUGCUUGACAAGAUGGGUGGUAAUGAGCACAUAGCAGCCGAGCAGCUACAAAAUAUGCUCCUCCAUGGCAGCAAUGUAUUGGAGUCCGACUCUCCUACAGAGGAAACUGGAGCUUGGGAGGAAGAGCAAUUUACCUUGGAAGCGAUAUAUGGCGAGAGAUAUAUACGAUUAUCACCGAUUGCAUGUGAAGUAAUAUCGGAAAACCAGAAUCUGCCAUGCAGAACGACGUUUUAUUUCCAAAAGCAGUCAACCGUUCCAUAUCCCAACUGCGCACCGGUCCUGACCAUUGUAUCAAAGGAAAUUCCAGCAUACGUACGCUUUAGCGCUAUCCGGCAAGCUAUACAACAUGCUAACAAGGACUUGCUCGGGGAGCCGAUGAUAUUUAAUGUGGUAGAAUGGCUUGAAGAAAAUCUGCCUCGAAUUUUGGAAAAUCCAGGAAAGCUUCGGACCUUUUCUGUUGAGUCUCUAUCUCAUGCGAGGGACAAAUCGACCAUCCAAAAUUGCGCUAAAUCUACUCGAAAAUCACCAAAGCCUCAGAGUCUAAUCGCCGGCACACCACAAAGCCGUGAGAUUCGAAAAAAAUGGGAGUCAAAACAAACUCUCCCUGCUCAACAGAAAAUGCUCAGGGCGAGGCGGUCACUUCCAGCGUGGGAUAUGCAGAAAGCAAUUAACCAAGCUGUCCAUUCUCAUCAAGUCACUAUCAUAUCAGGUGAGACGGGAAGUGGAAAAAGCACUCAGUCCGUUCAGUUCAUUCUUGACGACAUGAUAAAACGAGAUUUAGGUUCAGCUGUGAACAUCGUCUGUACGCAGCCCAGACGGAUUUCUGCCCUGGGGCUUGCUGAUCGUGUCAGCGAUGAGCGCUGUUCUUCUGUUGGUGACGAAGUGGGCUAUAUUGUAAGGGGUGACUCGAAAGUGAAAUAUGGAACCACGAAAAUUACGUUCAUGACCACUGGUGUGCUGUUACGCCGCAUGCAAACUAGUGGCCAGGAUGUUGUCAGUUCUUUUGCGGAUAUUAGCCAUGUCGUGGUUGAUGAAGUUCAUGAACGGAGCCUUGAUACGGAUUUCCUUUUGGCACUGUUGAGGGACGUCCUCCGGCAUCGCAAAGACCUAAAACUCAUUUUAAUGAGUGCUACGUUGGAUGCAGACAUAUUUACGCAGUACUUUGGAGGCGACGCUAAAGUCGGGCGGGUCAACAUUUCUGGGAGAACAUUCCCCGUUGAAGAUCUCUAUCUCGAUGAUGUCGUGAGGCGGACGGGGUUCAAUCCUGGAAAUGCAUCAUUUGCAUUGGAUGAAUAUACCGGUUCCAAUGACGACGACUCAGCGGACACUUCUAUCGGCUCCACACUUCAAAAACUAGGAAUGGGUAUUAACUACAAUUUGAUCGCAUCCACAGUCCGUUAUAUUGAUUCGCAACUCAAGGACAAACCAGGCGGCAUCCUGAUCUUUCUACCGGGCACCAUGGAGAUAGACCGAUGCUUAGCUGCUCUCAACUAUCUUCCAUUUGUCCACCUAUUGCCGUUACAUGCAUCACUUUUACCAAGUGAGCAGCGACAAGUCUUCUUGCCUGCUCCACUUGGGAAGAGAAAAGUAAUCGCCGCCACUAAUGUCGCAGAAACGUCCAUCACAAUCGAAGAUGUAGUUGCUGUCAUCGACACGGGCCGGGUCAAGGAAACGCGUUAUGACGCUACUGACAAUAUUGUCCAUUUGGAAGAGGUCUGGGCAUCGCAGGCUGCUUGUAAGCAACGUCGAGGAAGAGCAGGGCGAGUUAGUAGUGGAACUUGCUACAAGAUGUAUACACGGAAGGCAGAGGCCAAUAUGGCCCCUAGGCCAGAACCAGAGAUCCGGCGUGUGCCUCUGGAGCAAUUGUGUCUUUCAGUCAAAGCCAUGAGCGGAAUCCAAGAUGUGGCAGCCUUCCUUGCAAACACCCUUACACCUCCUGAGAAUGUAGCGAUAGAAGGCGCGCUAGAACUUCUCCACCGCAUUGGUGCACUUGAUAAUCAGCAGCUAACAGCUCUGGGCCGGUAUAUUUCGAUUAUUCCGACCGAUCUUCGUCUAGCGAAACUAAUGGUAUACGGCGCCAUAUUCGGGUGUCUCGAGUCUUGCCUAACAAUUGCAGCAAUUCUUACAGUAAAAAGCCCUUUUGUGUCACCUCGAGACAAAAGGGAGGAGGCAAAGCAAGCUCGGGCAUCAUUUUCAACAGGAGAUGGAGACUUACUGAUUGACCUCGCAGCGUACCAGCAGUGGUCCGAAAGAGUCAAACAGCAAAGUCCCUGGGAAACGCAAUCAUGGUGCAACCACAAUUUUCUCGUCCCCAAAACGCUUCGCGAAAUCUCUUCGAAUAGAUCCCAACUACUAUCCUCGCUCAAAGAUAUUGGCAUAAUCCCUGUAAGUUAUAGACACACAAACGACACUGCUAACGGCGCGACGCCAAACCGCUGGAAUAGCCAAAACUCCAACACACAACUCCUUCGCGCCCUGAUAGCUGGCGCUUUCAAUCCCCAAAUCGCCAGGAUCAGCUUCCCAGACAAGAAAUUCGCCGCGUCGAUGUCCGGGACCAUAGAGCUGGACCCUGACGCCCGCACGAUCAAAUACUUCAACCAGGAAAACGGCCGGGUGUUCGUGCAUCCUAGCUCCAGUCUCUUCGACGCACAGAGUUUUUCCUUCUCGGCCACCCUCCUUCUGUUUUCGGGGCCCAUAACCUUGGAUACUCUGGGCAGGGGCGUGCUUGUAGACGGCUGGCAGCGUUUGCGCGGAUGGGCGCGGAUCGGUGUGUUGGCCUCACGCCUACGCAUGUUACUUGAUGAAGCUCUAGCGCAAAAGAUGGAUAAUCCAGGCCUUGAGGACAUGUUUGGAGAAAAGGUGAUCGAUGUUGUCAGGCAUCUGGUUGUUUUUAAUGGACAGGACCAAUAA